GCCAGACCGCGCAGCCGAAUACUUCCGGAAACGCCCGAUGUGAUCGGCUAGGAUAGCGGCGCGUAACACUAGCUCACAGGUGUUCUGCCUCAAGUUACAUGGUUUUAUUUAAAACAGUGGAACAGAACUAAUUAUUUAUAUUAACUAUAGGAGCCGGCAUGUAUGCGCAAGCCAAUAUGAUCAGUAAGGUUUCCAACCCAGCCUUCGUUCUGCAUGACCACUCCCCGGAAGACGUGGCCAGGGCUACCAUCCUUGGGCUGCAGAAGGAACCAUUCUUCAUAUUCGACAUGGAUGAAGCCUACCGCCGCAUCCAAUACUUCAAACAUAAGCUGCCACGAGUUAAAAUUUUUUAUGCAAUGAAAGCGAACGACAGCGAGUUGAUGCUAAAACUGGCUGUGGCCACAGGACUGGGGUUCGAUUGCGCUUCCAUUCACGAAAUACACAAAAUCCUGCGACUCAAUGUACCUCCUACAGAUAUAAUAUACGCUGUGACUAUGAAGACUCCGGAGCAAAUGAUGUACGCGCGACAAUCGGGCGUCAAACGUGCAACAUUCGACUCGCCAAGUGAAUUGGUUAAGUUGAAAGAAUACUGGCCCGAUGUAGAACUUCUACUUCGAAUAUCAGUAAAGAGCGAUAGUGUAUACCAAUUGGGAAUUAAAUUCGGAUGUAAUUUUGAAACAGAAGCAACGGACUUGUUGGAUAAAGCAGCAUGUAUGGGACUGCGUGUUGCAGGCGUUGCAUUUCACGUCGGUAGCACUUGCUUAUCACCUGAGAGCUACCUGAAAGCUCUACAACAGGCUAGGUAUUUAUUCGACUACGAAGCAAAGGCUGGAAGAACGAUGCGCAUUUUGGAUAUAGGUGGCGGUUUUUUUUGCGACGACAAUUUGUUUGAGCAGGCAACCAGCGUUAUUAGAAAGGGCCUGGAUGAAUUAUUCCCUGGUCCGAAUGUUCAAAUAGUAGCAGAACCAGGAAGAUACAUCUGUGAAACCGCUUGUAACCUGUACUGUAACAUCAACAACGUAAAGACGAUAACUAAAAACGACAAACCUUUAAACAUGGUUUAUAUAAACGAUGGACUGCACGGAUCAUUACGGUCCUUCGAGAAAUGGCACACCAUACACAAAUUCGAGUUAGAAACUACAAAACAUGAAGAGCUGGAAGACACAAUCCUCUGGGGCCCAACUUCAGAUCCCCGUGAUUGUUUAACAGAAGUACAGUUGCCAAGGUGCACUCCAAGAGACUGGCUCGUGUUUAAGACCCAAGGCGCUUAUGCGUCGACGUUUUCUAGCAAAUUCUGUGGUUUUGGACUGGUGCAGACACGGUUCCUUAUAUCUUUUGACUUGUGGAACAAAAUAAAGUCGCAUAAGGUGUUCCGGCCAUCAGACUUCGUUAUCCAACCAGACGUUUCCUCGCCUUUACAAUCCACUAUGCCACCAGUGGUGCCAGCGGAAUCCUGUAAACACACAAAUUUAAAUACCUUAAUUGAUUAUUUAACUUCUGAUAUGUAUAACCACUGAUUUCUUAACCUCCGACAAUCUUAAGGUUAAGUUGUGUAUUCCUUACAGAAAAAGAGGGGUUUUUUAAUUUUAAGUUGUGUAUCUGUGUAUCCGACCCGAUUUGCGGAAUGGAGGGGAGGGGUUACUUCUUUAACUAUCUACAAAUGCGACGACGUUUGGGUUCAAAUAUUACUGGGUACUUAUAUAAUGGAGUAAAAUACGCAUUCAAUUUUUUAAAAGAUUUUUGCGUCAAUGUUAUUUAAUAUUCUUUGGUUUAUAGAUAUUGUAAUUAAUUAAAACAAUGAUUGAAUAAAUAUCCUGUUUCCUUUCGAAAUAAAAAUGUGUUUGUAUUAAAAUUGAAUCGAACAUAAGAGUUUCGAUUAAUCUGUGAACUUUGCCAA